CCCAGUCGUGCAGUUUCGUUUCGCUUCGGCUGUUGUAUGAGUAAUUUAUCAUCAAACAAGUUUUUCCAUAUUAUUCAAAAAACUAUUCAAGUUAGUUGAAAGAACAAUCUUGAAUGGUGAACGUUACACGUACACAGACUCUAAUUUAUCAAUGGGAAAACGUUGCUGCUGGGCUGCCGCUGGGUGCUAGGCUUGCUAGUUUCGAACCAGAACCCCUUUUUGCCGCUGUUGCGUUUGUUUGAUAUCCGUCAUCUCCCGCGGUCACCGUAGCAGACGUUCAGGCGAGAAACAAAAGUGUAUUCCGACGCGUCAAAAGUGCGAGUGGUGUUUUUUUAUUAUUAUAUUACUCUAUUCGUCUUUCUAUUGACGAAGUGCGGGAAACCCCUUUCUAAGCCCGUUGUGUGUUCGCCUUUUUCGGUGCGUGAAUAUUGAUUUUUUUUUCUAUAAUGUUUUGUGCCUCGGGUUAGCCGGAAAAGAAACGUAAUAAAUUCUAAUCUGUCAUCCGGAGAAGACACUCGCUUUGUUCCGGUGCUCGAUCGAUCGAUCGAUCGAUUGAUUGGAAAGUGCAGCUUCCGGUCCUUCGAGCCGGAUUCAUGUGAAAGUGUACAGUUUUCGGGUUCCUCGUUUACGUUGUGAUUGAACUCGAUUGCUACGCGCGGGUGCUACGCGUUUAACGAUGAACUCGUAAAUCGCCUAUUGUUAAUGUUUAAGACGUACAAUUAGUUCGUUCAACUCAAUCGCACGGUUCAGACACAAAAGAAGCAAAGAUAAGCGUUUAAAAACCCCUUAAUAGCUCCCACAGUUUAAGGCCAGAAAUUAUAUAACCUGGGCCUUAGAAGUUGCCGGCAAGCCGCGAUCGGUUUUCUCCUAAACAUCAAAUUAAACAAAUAGGCUCGGAUCGGGCCGAAGAGCCCACGCACCCGAAGAAGCUGCUAGGCAUUUCUCCACAAAAGGCCGAAGAAAAUAAUAAAGAGUGUGUUCGAAUUUUUGCGAUGACUCAUCUGAUUUAAUUGCCACGCGUUCAAGAUCCGAUCAGGAAGGCAGAAAGCAGAAGGCAAAGAGGCGCUCGGCGCAAAACCUAUGCAAAGAGCGAUCGGGAGAAUCGCCGAAAAACGUCAAAACCGAUCGACAAUUUAGAAAAUAGAGUAUAGAAAAGUGCCAAGUCGCCGCUCGCUUAGAUUGGAAGUGCGCGAGCGCUCGAUAACCAUAGUCAGUGGAAGGGAAGACGAAAAAGCAAGAUUCAUCAAACCAUAUAAACGAAUCAACCGAUCGACCGACGAGUGAAUACAUAGAUAUUCGCACGGCAAGCGAAUAGCCCCCCUCACAUUUCUUGUUUGUGAUUCGUGUGUGGACCCCCUGAACCGUCAGGGCCCCUCCAGCAAACCGAGUCAAAACGUCGGAUCCCACGCGGAGACUCGAUCACCACCACCACACGACGACGGCGGCGUUCAGCAUGUUGACCGACAUGAGCCCGUCGGCGGCCGGACAGUUCUACGCCAGCGCCCAGAUACCGGCCAUGGGCAUGAACAUCACCAACAUCGCGACGCACAUGCAGAAACCGAGCGAUCAUCCCGGUUUGCGGAACACCCCGCUCGCGAUGCUCGCCGCUCAGUGCAACAAGCUCUCGAGUAAAUCGCCGCCUCCGCUAGCGGACGCCGCGGUCGGCAAGGGUUUCCACCCGUGGAAGAAAAGCCCAGUCUCACCUGGACAGCACUCGCCCAACGCUCUGUCGGGGGGCCAUCCAACCUCGAUCAGCAGCAGCAUCAGCAGUAACGUGAUCCACUCGACGCAACGGGCCCUAUCAACGUCGUCUGCCUCAUCGGCCUCGUCCACCGCGAGCCCCAUGUCAAACGUCACUAGCAGUCGCCCAAUAACUUCGUCCUGUGCGGCGUCCACGACGCCCUCCUACGGCAGUGACUUGUAUUUCCCGGGAGCCACCACAUCGCCGGCUUGUGCCGAGAACCCUCACAUGCAGCACGGCAUUCUGGGGAAGGUCGAGGGUACGACCCUGGGGUCCGUCUACUCACGGCACCCGUACGACUGGCCCUUCAAUGCCGUGUCUGCAGCGACGGCUCACAAGACCGAUAACAUGAACUCCGCCGGCUGGUGGGAUAUGCACGGUGCUGCCGGUAGCUGGCUCGACAUGGGCAGCGCCGGUAUGCACGCGGCCACGAUGGCAAAUUACGCGGCCACCGCAGCCGUCAGCUCCGACUACACGACGCUGACCCACUCGUUGACCAAUACGGCCCAUCUGCUUGGCACCGGGCAACACCUGCUGCAGGAUACAUACAAAAGUAUGCUGCCAAGCCAGGGCGUCGGAAGCUUCGGCUUGCCGCACACACCGCCUUCACCGGCACCGCCAACGCCACAGGCUCCGUCUCCUCGCAGUCAGCGUCGCUACGCGGGUCGGGCCACCUGCGACUGUCCCAAUUGCCAGGAAGCCGAACGCCUCGGGCCGGCCGGAGUUCACCUUCGUAAGAAAAACAUCCAUAGCUGUCACAUUCCCGGCUGUGGUAAGGUCUACGGGAAAACAAGUCACCUGAAGGCUCACCUGCGAUGGCACACCGGCGAACGGCCCUUCGUCUGCAACUGGCUGUUCUGCGGCAAGCGCUUUACCCGGUCCGAUGAACUCCAGCGCCAUCUACGUACACAUACAGCGAAACACGUCAAAACCCACGGUGGAUCUUCGACGACCGGCGGCAACGGCAGUGGCAACGGCACUGGCACUGGGACGACCAAGAAAAAUUCGUCCGACUCGUGCAGCGACUCCGAAGACACGCCUACGAACCAAAACCACGACCAACACCACCAACAGCAACAAUCCGGCGGCGGUGGAGGAGCUGGCAGCGGGAACGGAGCACCCGGAAGCGGUUCCGGUGUAGGCGGUAGUCCUCCAGGCCCAGGUCACGUAAUCGUCGGAGGCGGAGGUGGCCACACUAUAGGCGGCAUGCCACCCGGUAUGACCGGUCCACCUCCGGGAGUCCUGGCCUCGAUGGGCCAUCCCGGUUCACAGCAGCACCCCGGUGCCGGCCAGCAUCACCAUGCCCACACCCCGAGCCCCGGACUGGAACACGUCAGCCAGCUGGACGUCAAACCGGGCAUCGUCUGAGGUAUGCUUGGGGCACCUUUCUUCGGUCAUCACCACCAGGUUACGGGGCCCUUCUAGAGAAAUCAAUGAAUAAGGCAAAAAGCAAAAACGGUACAAAUGUUUCGGUUAGGUUUGACAUAAAAAAAAUUCUUUCAUACGGUGGUAUGACGGUUGGCGUGUUGCCAGAUCAGCUAUUUGUGAUGUCACUAAGUGUAAAUAAUAAUAAAAAAAAACAAUUCAUUACGCGUACCCGGCAAGCGGACGGUAAAUUAAGAAUAAUAACUAUUAUUAAAACUACUUACAAACGUGUCUAUUCUCGUAGUUAAUAUGUUACAAACAAUUGAAUCACCAACACUGUUAAAUUAUUUUUUUAUACACACCAUCAAACAAACAAACAAAACACCUUGCGUAGCAACCGAGUUUCCGAUUGUGAGCGGAGUAAAUUGUAAAAAAAAAAUUAAAAAAAAUUGCUAGGCGAAACCUUAAAAUGAACUGUACAGAUAAAUUCGCUUCUGCAACUGUCAGGGUACAUCCAAAAUAAAAACAAAUAAAGAGAAAAUAAAAAACACUCCCCGUAGAAUAUCAAAGUACACAAUUAUAACAAAAAACACACAUUCACAAAACAAAACAGCGCAUUGCUAUCUAAUAAGCCCGGAUAAAUUUAAUCUAAGUAAAGGCGGACGAGCGGCUUCAAUCCGUCACCUGUUUAAGUGUAACAUAUCAACAAAAACAAUCCAACAAAAGAAAGAGCUCCUAAACAUUUGAUCAGUAGAAUGAAACCACAAUAAACUAUCUACAAUUUCAAAACAAGUGACAACUGACAACAACAAAAGAGUUUCUGUUUUGUUACUUAAUUUUCAAGCCAAAUUUUGCGAUUGGUGAUCGGUGUCUUCUUUGUUGUUGUGCUUUUGAAACAGUAAAAAAAAUUGUUAAAAAAAAUUAAACAACAGCAAACCUUCGACGAGCUUUUAUUUUAAAACAACAACAAAAAAGUAAACAAAUGAUCAAUAGUGAUUGACAGUAAAACGGAACACGAAAAAUAAACGAACAAACAAGGACAAACUGUUUGAAAUCUUAUUCAUAGAAAGAAUCAAAUGUAUGUACGUGGUUAAAAUAAGAUAAACAAUUAUUUUAAUAAAUACCUCCCCCCCACCCCCUUCCCCCCCAUUUCUACCCCUUCAAACAGAUAACGAACAAAUAGAGGAAUAAACAAGAUUAUGAUC